UAGCCCAGAGUACAGUGUGGAACACUUGUUCCCUGCUUGGAUGAGCUCUGUAUUGCUUCUUACUGCGGAUUUGUAAAAAUGAUGGAAGUUCAGUCCAGGUUACACCCUGAUAUUCCAGAGAAUGGGGAGCUGCCUCCUAUCGAAGUCAAUGGCAACUGUGUCCCUCAGGAGAGUGGGGGAGAGGAUGAAAAACCUGUCUCCAAUCUGCAGAGGAGGCGCAGUGAUGUCAAAGUAUACAAAGAAAUUUGUGACUUCUAUGCCCGAUUCAACAUGGCAAAUGCUCUGGCUAAUGCAAUGUGCGAGCGCUGCCGGUCUGGCUUUGCUCCAGCUGAGAAGAUUGUGAACAGUAAUGGAGAGCUGUACCAUGAGCAGUGCUUUGUGUGUGCUCAGUGCUUCCAGCAAUUUCCAGAGGGACUCUUCUAUGAGUUUGAGGGAAGAAAGUACUGUGAACAUGACUUCCAAAUGCUUUUCGCCCCCUGCUGUCAUCAGUGUGGUGAAUUCAUUAUCGGCCGUGUUAUCAAAGCAAUGAAUAACAGCUGGCACCCUGAAUGUUUCCGCUGUGACCUCUGUCAGCAAGUCCUGGCAGACAUUGGAUUUGUGAAGAAUGCAGGCAGACACCUGUGUCGCCCAUGUCACAAUCGAGAGAAGGCCAGGGGACUGGGGAAGUAUAUUUGCCAAAAGUGUCAUGCCAUUAUUGAAGAGCAGCCUCUAAUAUUCAAGAAUGAUCCAUAUCACCCAGACCACUUCAACUGCGCCAACUGUGGUAAGGAGCUCACAUCUGAUGCCCGUGAGCUGAAAGGCGAGCUGUACUGCCUACCCUGCCAUGACAAAAUGGGUGUGCCUAUCUGUGGAGCAUGCAGAAGACCAAUUGAAGGCCGUGUGGUUAAUGCCAUGGGAAAGCAGUGGCAUGUGGAGCAUUUUGUUUGUGCAAAAUGUGAAAAGCCUUUCCUUGGACAUCGCCAUUAUGAGAGAAAGGGGCUGGCUUACUGCGAGACUCACUACAAUCAGCUUUUUGGAGACGUCUGUUUCCACUGCAACCGUGUUAUUGAAGGAGAUGUUGUCUCUGCUCUGAACAAGGCAUGGUGUGUCAACUGCUUUGCAUGUUCUACUUGCAACACCAAGUUAACACUCAAGAACAAGUUUGUGGAGUUUGACAUGAAACCUGUCUGCAAGAAAUGCUACGAGAAGUUCCCUCUGGAGCUGAAGAAAAGGCUUAAGAAGCUCUCUGACACCUUGGCAAGGAAAUAAGCAUAUCGUUCCUGUGUGCAUCAGAAGAUGGGAGCAGCAUACGAUGUGCUAGUCAGAGGAGAUUUGGUCAUACAUCCUACUUGACAUUGUUCUAUUCACUGAGGCUGUUACAUGCACUAACCUUCACUGCAAACAUUUAUCUGCAUGAAAGCUGCAUUAAUCUUGCCUUGCAUAGGCUAUUUAUUACCUCACCUUAUUUUCUUAAAAGCAUACUACAUUGUUGCUUUUGUGGUACUUGCCUUGCUUUGUUCUGCAAGCAGACAGUUCACAGCAGGUCAAAACGACAAAAUGAUUUUGCCUUUUCAGUAAGAUCCAC